AUGAAGGAAGCGAGAACGGAUUCUUCUUCUUCUCUUAGAUGGAAUAUACUUCGUCAAGCCCUUCUCCGUAGAUCUGAUUCUCAAUCUGAAGCUGAGAUCAAACGGAUUUCAAGGAAAGCAACUAAAGGAUUCAACUUGAUUCAGUGUCAGUUGGUGGAUUCGGAUCAUCCUCGGGAAGCAUGCGUUUGCUACACAUUUGGUUCAACGAAACUCUAUCUAACACAAAGAGUGGAUAAUUGCAGUGAUCUCAAUGACUUUGAGAUUUCUAAUCGGUACAACAUUGAUAAUACAGGACUUGUUUGUCAGUGGCCAUCAGAAGAAGUUCUAGCAUACUUUUGCAAGUCUCAGCCAGAUCGUUUCAGAGGUAAAAGAGUAAUUGAGCUUGGAUCGGGGUAUGGAUUAGCCGGUUUAGUUAUUGCAGCUGCCACCGAGGCAUCAGAAGUGGUAAUCUCGGACGGGAAUCCUCAAGUAGUCAACUAUAUUAAGCGUAACAUAGAAUCCAACUCUAUGGCUUUUGGCGACACAAGCGUAAAAGCCAUGGAGUUGCAUUGGAAUCAACAAGAACUUUCAGAGUUAACCAACACUUUUGACGUCAUAGUUGCGAGCGAUUGUACCUUUUUCAAGGAAUUUCAUAAGCACCUUGCAAGUAUCAUCAAGAUCCUGCUUAAAGCCAAAGAACCCUCCGAGGCAUUAUUCUUCAGUCCUAAGAGAGGUGACUCUUUAGACAAAUUCCUGAAGGAGAUCAAAGACAUUGGUUUACACUACGUCUUAACCGAAAACUACGAUCCACGAGUUUGGAAAUGCCAUGAGAUGUUUGUGAAAGGAGACGACUCUUGGCCUAACUAUGACAAGAACCACUGCUACCCUUUACUUAUUCAAAUCACUAAAUCAUAA